UCGUGUCAGGGCGGUUACGGCCGGGGCGAGAGACUCUCUCCACCUCAGUCUGGCGUUUUUAAUCGCACAACUGCAGACCCGUACGACCAAAAAAAAAUCGACAAAAAAAAUUCCUAACGAUACGAUUCGAUCAGACAAAAAAAAAAGCGAUUAAAUUUCCAAAAAUUCGAGUUGAACGACUAUCACCGGGUGUUUUUUUAUUAUCAAUGUGAAGCCUCGGAAUGGCUGCGCCCCCACUGGGCAAGUGCAUGAUAUUGCCGUUGUUCUUGCUGCUGGUGUACGUUGGAUAUGGAUUCCGAAUUCGUGAUAUUGGACCGGCUGGUUCCAUUGAGCACGCUGAAUGCCCAAUUGGUUCUGGAAAGUGUACGGACACGGGUGGACAGGUGACCUUCAGCUCAUUGAAAAAAAGAGUUGAGAGUGUCGUUGGUACUCGUGGACGUGGUGCGAGUGGUAGUGCUCGACAACCACCUGUAGAGGUUGACGAUAGUGAGGAAGAUGUGAGGAUUCUGGAGCAGGGAAAAAGCCGAUUGAUUGUCAGUCAAGGGGCGAAAGUGGGAGGGGAUGAGUCGAGAGGACGAGGGGAUGAUAGUGAGGACGAAGAGGACGGUGUCGUUGUGGAGGAUGCGUCUGAUGAAACUGAGGAAGUGACGAUCGACGAUGAUGAUGAUGAUGAUGAUGAUGAUGGGAAUGGAAGUGAAGACGCUGAAGAGACUCAGGAAACUGGGAAGAGAGAUAUCAAGUGGAGUUUCCGGGAGGUUCGAAGAGAUCAGAAGGCGAGGGAUGAUGAAAAUGAUGGCCGUGGAAAGGGGGGACAUGGGGAGAGCGAUGAGAAGUUGGUGGGAGGAUCGGAGGGGAGUGAGGAUGGAGAUGAGAGUCCAAAAGGCGAAGACGAUGGAACCGAAGAGACGACAGUCGAAGAGGAGGAGAAGCCCGUUCGUAAGUUAGAAAAGGUCAGAUUAGCUGAUAAAGUUAGGGUCAGACCUGGGGACACAGCAGGGGGGAAGUCGGUGGAGGGCGACGGUGAAGGAAAAAAGGGAGUUGAGAAGCCGGAUGCGCCGCGAAAUGCGGUAGUUAAGCCGAAAGUUGAGAAGGAAAAGGUUAAACCGUUAAAGGUUGAGGAGAAGAAGCUUAAAGCUCCCAAGCCGCCACCGCUGGAAGGAGAAAAAAAUGGAGUGGAAGAGGUGGAGAUUGUGGAGGAAGUCCCUGAGAAGAAAGUGAAACCAGUGAAAGAAUCUGUUGUUGAGAAACCGGAGAAGAAAUCGGGGACGAGGGAGAAGGGAAAAUCUAAAGGAGAAGGAGAAGCUCAGGACAGGAAGAAGAAGCCGAAGGAGAAGGUGAAAGAAUCGGAAAAAGCGACUCCUGCAAAGGAUCAACCAAAAUCUAGAGAAAAACCAAAGGAGAAGUCCAAGGACAAACCUGAAUCGAAGAUCCAAAAAUCUGAUGUAACUAAUAAAAAAAAGCCAGUGCAGUCGGGAAAACAUCAGGAGGGAUCACUUCCCCUGAUCGAGUUUAACAAAAUGAUCCUACAAUUACCAAAUUUCGUGCCAAAUUUCACAGCUGUUGAGGAUCCCAUCUGUCAACAGCACGGGAAGAUUUUCCUUCGUCAGUUGCGGGGACGUAAAUUGUGGGCUCUUCAAAUGCUCGAUUCCGGUGGGAAGAUACCCUCGGGACUUCUGCGUGGGAAUGUCAAUCAGUUUGGGGAUUUUGAUCAGUGUCUUGGAAUAUCGUCGAAAAUUAGGUUGGAUAAUAAACAAACGUUGAGGAUACAAGGAAAAUAUUGUCUGGCAGCUGUGGACAUUCAGGCGACUAUUCCAGAGACCAGGGUACCAGUGCAUCUGAUGCAGAGCCGGGGAUUCCUCCGGGGGAGUAUGAAAGACAGUGGCCACUUCGUGCCAAGAUUCACAACAAUCAACUGGGGAAUAUGCGUACCAUCAGCUUGUUCAGCUGCUGACGCCAGAAGUGCUCUGGAAGCUGGGCUGAGUCAUCUCAAUGAAUCGUCAGGAGUGAAAUUCGCGAUCGAUGUGAAUCCGGAUAUGUGUUACAUUCAGGAGAAAUCCCCGAGUUACUCCAAAGAAACUAUCGCUGUACUGUACUUCUACGCUAUGAUCGUCUGUCUAGUAUUGAUCGCCACUGUUCGUGAUUAUAUCGUUGUUUCAGAGAAAGCGAGUUACUCUGAGAGGAUAAUUAUGUCAUUUUCCCUCCGAAAAACCUUGAAAAGCCUCAUGCAACCCAUAUCGUCGAACUCAGGAGACAUAAGUUGUAUUCAUGGCAUUCGAUCACUGGCCACAAUGGCCCUCUACGUCGGCCACAAGAUGAUACCCACAGCGGGCAUACCUUAUACAAAUCGGAUAGUCUUCACUGAGAUCGCUAAUAAUCCCGCAAGUUCCUUGCUGCGAGUGUCCCUGGUUUACACAGACUCUUUUUUACUGUUGAGUGGAGUUUUGACUGCGUUUCAUAUGGCCCGUGAGUCAACAAAACGGGGGGAAAUUCGCUGGUUCUGCAGAUUUAUUGCCAGAGUCAUCAGAUUGACACCACCACUGCUGGUGGUUAUUUUUUGGUAUGCGUACGUGAUGGAACACACCGGAUCUGGCCCCCAGUGGAACAAUAUCAUAACACCAAAUGCUGAUCUGUGUAAACAAAAUUCAUGGACUAAUUUUUUUUACAUCCAGAAUUUCUUCCCUUUCGAAGAAAUGUGUGCAACACACACACAUCAACUGGCCCUGGAUAUGCAGCUCUCGCUGCUGUCGGCGGGUUUAGUAUUUUUCCUACUCGUCAAACCGAUCAUAGGAAUUCUACUAAUUUUUUUCUUUCUCCAAGUGUCUGCCACAUUUCGUUAUUUCGCCACCGUCAACAAUAAUCUCUCCCUCGUUAUUUUCCACGGAAUGACAGCAAAGCACCUUUACAAGACGGCUAACUUGACCUACGCAGUGUCUCUUCAUCGAGCUACGCCUUAUUUAUUCGGAAUUAGUCUUGGAGUACUUUUGCAAUAUACCGGCAAGAAUAUUAAAAUAUACAAAAUUUUCGUUGUUUUUGGCUGGAUAACAGCCGCCUUAUUAGCCGCCUGGUCCUUAUUUUCCCCGUGGAAAAUGGCCAGGAGAGACUACGUCUACAACGUUGAAGAAUCAGCCCACUAUGCUGUGAUAGGACCAGUCUCAUGGGCACUGGCUGUCUGCUGGGUUAUUUUUGCCUGUUUCACUGAUCAUGGUGGCUUCAUCAACACAUUUCUAUCGAACUACUGGCUCGUACUGUUCUCCAGAAUUUCCUAUUCCGUUUAUCUCACACAAUUCGCUGUAUUUUUCUACAAUGUGGCGACAACGAGAUAUUCGUCCGAAUUUCACGUUCUCAAAGUCGUGGAUCCCUAUGAAAUUUUAAUAGUAAUCUCGGUAUCAGUGAUUCUCACGUUAUUCUUGGACAUUCCAACUCAAGAAAUCAAGAAAGUCUUGAUGGAAAGUACAUCGUCCUCCCAAUCCUCGAAGUCUCAUCCCCCAACGGAGUCAGAAAUAUCAAAACCCGCGAUGGGAAAGCCAUCGCCAACGCCAGAGCCCCGCGAGUACGAGGGGAGCGCUGCCUGGAAGAGGGGCCAGAUAGAGGCAGAUUAUUCCGAGGAAGAUGACUCUCAGUGGAUCAGAUCUCGCAAGUCAAACGGAAAACAAAGAGUCUUCGUCCGACGAAACUCACGAGACGACGACGGCUACAGACCCUGGGGAGUAAAACGCGAUGAGGUACACGAAAGACGGAGAAGUAAUAGCGCCCAGAGAACUCUUUACAUUGACCCUGACCCAAGACCUCGAGAGCCCACCCCCAGUCGUCAUUCAGAGGACGCCCGACGAGAGCGAAGAUCAUCCUCGAGGGCUCCCGAUCCUUCUAAGGCUCCUCACCGGCCCGAAGACCGCCGAAGUCCCAGACGAGAUCGUUCCACCUCGAGACUAUCAGAUCGUGGGUUGUACCGGGAGUCAGAGCCUCCAGUGCCCCCUAGACCUCCAAAGCCAGAGGUCCGGGGAAAAUCUCCGCGACUCCGUCGCACCCCAGUCCGCCUGAUCUCCUCUGGCAGUGAGGAGGAGCCGAAAAAGUUCCGCGGCAAGAGUCCCAGACGCCCGGUGGAGCGUCCACGUGUGAGCGACGAGGAAGACUGGGAGCAAGAGCUCAGAAUAAGACGGCAGAAGUUUCGAGAACGAAUGUCAUCGACGGAACGCCAGGAAUCCAAGACCGAGCGAGAAGAGUCGACUGACGUCAGCCGACGAUCUUCAGCAGAAGGAAAGAUAGCACUUCUGCAGGGUCCAACUGGAACCCGAGUGAUGGACGCUUGGACUGUCAGCAAAGGGCCUCGGGUCUCCGUAGCGUCGUCCCAAGAGCUGACAGACACUGAAGAAGAGACUCGCUACAUCCAGGACUUUGAAGACGAGCCGAUCCCAGAGCGACGAGGAAGUUUAGAUUCCUUGGAAAAGGCAGAUAUCGAUUUCUCAUUCAGGAGUGAUGUUAAGACGAAGACACUGAUGGACCUGAGGCAGAUCUCAGUGGAGGAUGAGAACUGCGAGCAGCGAGGAAAUGUGGGAGAGAUGACGCCUGUGGCGACUGGCAAGUUAUUCAAACGAGAGUCGAUCAUCAAGAGUCAAGCUAGUGAGGAAGACCCCGAGUACUUGUUACCAGAGCGACCGAAAUUGGUGGAACAGGAGCAGGAGCAUCCGUUCAAGAAGGCGUGGCAGAUGCAGAAGUCGAGGUCUGAAGAGGACGGACCGUCUGCCUUUGUCUUCAAGGAAGUUAAGACCCAGGCAGAGGUGGAACAAGGGGCCAAUGAGGCUUCCAAAAGUGGAAAUGAUGGGGAGGGACACAAGUCAACUCGAAUUGGACCCAGUGAGCAGACUUUCCAUUUAAUUGUUGAAGAUGUGGACUCGGGUCAUUGGCAGAGGAGUGGGAGAAGUGAGGGAAGUCGGUCGGAUGACACUAGCAGGGUCAGUACACGGUCCAAUGGGACUGACUCACCCCAGUUGGAUUGGCAGAGUGAGGAUGAUCAGUUUGAGAGGCACAGGAGGCAGCGGAGGGAAUUUGAAGCCUGGGACCCCGACACCGAUGGAACUUGAUGGCAAUGUUCCAUUGGCAAAGUCCCCAGAUGCUUCAAUGCACUAUUAAUGCAAUUUGAAGAAAAAAAUGAAUAUUUUAAUUCUUAAUAAAUUAUACAAUUGUA